UCAUUUUUCUGAAAGUUAUGAGGAAACAAAUUCAUAGUGUAUAUUGAGUGGGGGACGCUUGUGUAGAUAUGCCCAAUGAACAAUGUUUAAGUCAGUAGAAGAUCACACACACACAAAUUACAAACUACAAACAAAAUAAAAAUAACGUUUGAAUUGGGUUGACGCAUCCAAAAUAAUUAUAACCAGGAAUAAGGAAUGCGGUGACGUAAGUUCCAUUGCGUUUCACCACUACCAUUCCAGUAGUUAUACCUUGUUCUGUCAGUUGUAAACAAAGUACGUUUCCUGAGGAUAUGAUUAACACAAACGUCAAUAAAUAUAUGAUUAAAAUCGCAUUCACAAAAUUCCGCUUAGUAAAUCACUUAAAACAGUGUAUAACUGAACGUCUGUGUUUAAAGAUAUGUUUUUGAAUUCAUAAUUUUAAGUUCUGAGAGAAAUGAUUUUUUUUUUUCUGUCACUGAAACGAUCGAGAUUCCAGUUCUCCAUUCCAGUAAUUUUAAGCAACCACAUUGUUUUCGAUGUAUCACCAACAUUUCACGUCAAUCCAUUCCAGAAGCUCCGUCGCUGAUUAAACAACGUUCUACAUCCACCUUGUUCUAUUUAUACACCACAUUCUUUGUGGCUAUGAACUAAUAUAUAUUAAAGAUCAUCUAUCACCAAAAUAGUCACGAUAUCACAACUAUAUAAAGGCACUUAUCAAACAAGUACUGACUUUGAAACACUCACGUGUUUAUGUGUAAUAUUGUUAAAAGGCAAUAAAUAAUAUAAACAAAAUGACUAUUUUCUGGUCGAGGUAACAGGUUCUGUUACUAGAUGUCUUCGGAAUGACCGAUGAUUUCCAACUAGUUGUUCGACCCAAAAGGCGCCAGAAAUUUCGCAAAGCUAAACAGUUCAAAGAUGGUAUUAUUAGCUUUGGAAGUUCCCUCACACCUGAGUCUCAGGAAUCGAAACAGUCUAUCCUACAAAAAUUACAAAAAUGCAGGAAUGAAAUAGAACUCUCGGACUUCUACACCAAAUUCCAAGAAAUUCUGGUGAAGAAGAUUUCUGAAUGUUUUCUGUCUUGUCAUUAUGAAGAGUUAAUGACUGCAACAGACUGUGGUGUUUCUAACGAGACUUUUGGAGAAAUUUCUCCUGAACACAAUACAAGUCUGGAAGAGACCUUCAAACAUCUGUUGAGUUUGCAAGAUGACACCUCAUCUCUUGGGCAUCAAGGCCUCCCAAAAGAUGAAUCUUCUUCCCAGUUAAAAAUGGAAGAAUGUAUAACACAAUUGGCUCAGCUUAAACUUGAACUUGUGGCUUAUGGUGUUGGACAUUUUGCCGAGUGUAAAAUCGCACAGUACCAGUUGGCAUUGAUGAUGGCUAUAUGUGACCAGUUUAAGCUGUCAUUGUAUCAAUGUUAUACAUAUGAUCCAGUUUGGUCAGACAUUGAGAAGUCUGUGAUACACAGCAUUGGUGUCUCUCUGGUCUCCAAAAAUGAAGAAGGGAAGAGAAGCUGUCUGUCCAACAAGCUAACUCUGUUUUUGAUGCCCCACUGUGGUACUGCAUUGUACAACAAUUUACUCUGGGCCAACUGGAACCCUUCACAGCUAAGAAAUCUAAUCAUUAUUGGUAACAGUUUCCAAAAUCUUGUUGACAGGCACUCUGAUAAAGAUCUACAAGAAAAAGCUGCAUAUAUUUAUAAAAUAUAUCCAGCCACUGAAGAGAUUGCUCUGUCUAAUACCUUUGUUUAUUCUGACAUCUUCAACGAUACAUCCAUACAUUGUUUCCCAAUGAAAAACUUGAAGAAACUUCCAGAAGAUUUGUGGCUAGACAGAUCAGAACCAAAUUAUAAUUUAUCAGAUAUUGAAAUUAUUGUAAAUAAAUGAAUAUUUUAUUAAAA